AUGGGUUCUGACGGCGCUCAUCACGCAGACUACGCUUCUUUCACCGGAAUGGCUCGAGAGGAAGCCUUGCAAACGGUCCUUGACUCAUACAACGCGCUUGCAGAAGGCCAGGACAAUUGGGUCUGUAAUCUGGCCAACGCGUCUUCUCUGCUGUGGCACGCAUACAAAUCGCUUCCCUUGAACAUCAAUUGGGCAGGCUUCUACGUUCUAAACAAUGCUACGGGCUCAGACUUGAUACUGGGGCCUUUCCAAGGAAAAGUUGCGUGUCAGAUUAUCAAAAGUGGGUCCGGGGUGUGUGGCACUGCGUUUCUCACUAAACAAACACAAGUGGUACCCGAUGUAAAUAGUUUCCCAGGUCACAUCGCAUGCGACGGAGAAACCAAAAGCGAGAUCGUGGUUCCCAUCGUGAAUGACGCAGGCCACUGUUUAGGUGUCAUUGACAUCGAUUGCAUCGAGUACAACGGCUUUUGCGAAACAGACCAAAUAUACCUGGAAAAGCUUGCGGACGCAAUUGCACACUCAUGUAAAUUUAGCACCUAA